AUAUUAGUAAAUAUCGGUCCUAGUCGGUUUUCACAACGUCUUGAAUCUUGAUUUGAAACCAAUUUUAAUUUGUGUGGAUCUAGAAUUAACUUGAUAAUAAUGGGAAAGAAAUAUUAUUGUGAUUAUUGCGAUGCUUCGUUUCCUGACGGUAAAGAAGGUCGGAAAAAACACAACCUUGGCCUCGUUCAUCAGAGAAUGAAAGAAGCACAUUUCAAACAGUUUACAGAUUCUAGAACAAAGCUAGCUCAAGAGCUGCAGAAAACACCUUGCAGAAGAUAUUUGCAAGGAAUCCCAUGCAAGUUUGGAGAUGAUUGCAGGUUCUCCCAUCUAUUGCCACACGAAAUAGAUCAUCUGAGAUACGCAGCUGAAAUGGAGGAGACGGCCUGCAUUAAGUUUCCGAGUCAGUUGCUGAAAAAGGAUCAGCCACCAAUAGAUGAUUUUGUGAAGAAGGUUGAACAGUUGGUGAGGGAGAAAGAAAUGGCAUCUGAUAAAUCAAGUUUAUGGGCACCAUUUGAAAAUAGAGGAUAUAUGUAGCCAGAACGACUGUGAGUUUUCCUCCGUCUCCUAGAUACAUGCUGCACUUGCCUUUAUAGCCUUUCUAUAUUUCACAGCAGGAUCAACAGACAAAUGUCAAUAUGCUGCUCCCAUAUGUAACUCUAAAUGUGCUGUACGCAAAGAUUCUUUUUCUUUCCAUUCGCUACUAAACUAGAUAGUAUCUGCUUUGAUUGAUUUUUAUUCCCCCCAGUUUGAUGCAAUUCAUUUUGGAAUUUAAAAAAAUGGGAGGGAGCUGUGCAAAUAGAAGCACCGGGCGAGCCAAUUUUCAAAUCAUAAUUUGGAAAACCGGUUGUUUUGAUUGAUGCGACGAACGAUCACCGAGAGGAACGUGUUAAGGGGCUGGAAAGGGGUGGGUCAUAUUGUUGUGACAGCCAGCGCAGCAAACUCAUAAUGCAAAUAUACGCAGCAGCUAGACGGGGAGAGAGAUGAACGGAAGUUGUAGUAGUAGUAGUAUUAGAUGAUGACGCGAUCAAGUCGUCGGCUGUUGAUGACUGAUGAGUUUGAUGGAGAGGCCAGUCUCAGUUUACCGUUGCGUCUAUUGUGCGGUCGACUCGAUUGUUUGUUGGCACCGUAGAUUUUCUAACGAUUGUCAUCCGGUUAUAAUCACGAUUAAAUUCUAUUCACUUUCCCGUAAAAGUGAUAGCAAUUGGGGGGAAAAAAGUGCGUGACAAAUCAACUAGUUGGAGCAAUACUAACCUGGGAAUAUAAUAAGACGCCUUAUACGCCAUAUACUAGACACAGCCGGCCGUGUAUUAAUGACGCAAACGUCUCGACUCCAAUAAAAACAGCCGUCUAGAGAUCCGUAGAUCCUUAAUUGAUAAGAGCCCAUCUUCUAAUAUUAUCGCAACAACAUCGUCGUACAACAACACGAAUUGGCCUUGUUAUUCCACUACUGCGCAACAAUUUCUCCCGAGAUCCUCAUUUGUAGAUGUAAAAAGAUUAACGGCGAUCCUUUUUGAAACGAAAAAAGUUGUCCCCCCCCCCUUCGCCGAAAUAAUUAUAAGCCUGUUUGAAUGAAAAUUGGGAGGGGAAUAAUAUCUAAUGGAAGUCGACACAUCCAGGUCAUCAUCAUCAUUAACGUGUAUAGAGCUAUACCAACAUAUUCUGUUGUCAUUUGGGGGGGAGAGAGAGUUGUUACCUGACGUCUGCUGGUGUGUAAAGGGAGGAUACAGUAGACUAGAGAGUCUCGAUUGCCUAUCGCGGAUGAGAGUUGAGGUGCAUGUCAUAAAACGAGGUGGCGGGAUCACAUAAACAAACGUUAUCCACACCCAUCCGGAUGCUGUUGUGCAUUGCCCAGGUCGAGCGUUGGGGGGGAGCUCAAUUGAUAUGCGUGUGAUACUUUCUCUCUCACCCACUGCACAACUCGGUUGAUGAUGGUUAACUAAGCCACGGAUGAUCACAGCCCAAUCCAGCAGGAAUCCAUCCAUUCUUCUUCUUCAUUCUGUCCGGCUGUGUCCCCAACCGAAAAUUAAAAAAAGGGAGAACCAUGACAACGUUUCGUACAGUUGACUUCCGGGCGGACCAGCGAAUCCCACACCCAUGCCCAUUUCUUAUUUCCAUUUUUUUAAAAAUUUUUUCCUCAUUUUUUCCUGGACUGGCCAUUGAUUCAACUCAUCCAUCCACGUCUUUUAUUUCACACAUAGUCCACGCAACAAACGUAUAUCCCCCCCCCCCCUCUCUCCUGUACUAUACUGUAUUAUUAUUCAAUUGAUGUGCCAAUAGUAUUGUAGACUAUAUUCCGGACAAUCUGAGCGAAUAGCUGGAUGACAAUAAUAUGCGGAAGACGUGUGUGUGCGUAAUUCGUCCCCACUGCGCACGGCAAUUUCACCCGGACUGUUUGAAAAUCACUUUGGGGUUUUAUUCAUUUUCCGUUUGCAGCAAGAGUCUCUGCUGGUCAUGUUACGGCACUUUGUGUGCUCGAUCCCGCGUCCACCCGUGUACUACUAUAUUUAUGGCUAUUUAAUCGGAUUGUCCGGUGACAGCCUGAUCGACCAGCCAGUCGUGUACAUAUAGGACAGAUUGAACCCGUGCGGAGUAUAUUAUUAUUAUUCCCCCCCGCAGCUGAGGGGGGAAACGGUUUCCACGAUAUAUUUCACUCGCCAAUGUUGCACAGAUACGUAGUAGUACAGGAGGAUCUGGUCUGCUACGUUUUAACACGUAAGAGGUUAACUAACCCCUUUU